GGUGUCGACCAGGCAGGCGGCCGAGAGCGCAGUGCCUGGCCCGGCCCUGCCCAUGUCCUCGGCGCCCACCGGCAGGAUGAAGAAGGAGGAGACGUUCCUGGGCAAGCUGGGCGGGACCCUGGCCCGAAGGAAGAAGGCCCGCGAGGUGACCGAGCUGCAGGAGGAAGGCAAGAAGGCCAUCACCUCUCCCCUGACCCCAGCGCCUGUGGACCUGCACCCCGAGGACACCCUGCUAGAGGAGAAUGAGGAGCGCAGGAUGAUCGACCCCACCUCCAAGGAGGACCCCAAGUUCAAGGAGCUGGUCAAGGUGCUCACGGACUGGAUCAACGAUGUGCUGGUGGAGGAGCGGAUCAUCGUGAAGCAGCUGGACGAGGACCUGUAUGACGGCCAAGUGCUUCAGAAGCUUCUGGAGAAGCUGGCCAGCUGCAAGCUGAACGUGGCCGAGGUGACGCAGUCUGAGAUGGGGCAGCGGCAGAAGCUGCAGACGGUGCUGGACACGGUGCAGGAGCUUCUGCGGCCCCACGGCCGGCCCGUGCCCUGGAGUGUGGAUGCCAUUCACGGGAAGAACCUGGUGUCCACGCUGCAGCUGCUGGUGUCGCUGGCCAUGCACUUCCGGGCGCCCAUCUGGCUCCCCGAGCACGUGUCUGUGCAGGUGGUGGUCGUGCGGAAGCGGGAAGGUCUUCUGCAUUCCAGCCACACCACCGAGGAGCUGACCACCACCACUGAGAUGAUGGUGGGCCGCUUUGAGCGGGACGCCUUUGACACCCUGUUCGACCACGCGCCAGACAAGCUCAACGUGGUGAAGAAGUCCCUCGUCACCUUCGUGAACAAGCACCUAAACAAGCUCAACCUGGAGGUGACAGAGUUGGAGACGCAGUUCGCAGACGGUGUCUACCUGGUGCUGCUCAUGGGCCUCCUGGACGGCUACUUUGUGCCCCUGCACCUCUUCCACCUGACUCCCGACAGCUUUGAGCAGAAGACUCACAACGUGGCCCUGGCCUUUGAGCUCAUGCUGGAUGGGGGACUCACGAAGCCCAAGGCUCGACCUGAAGAUGUGGUGAGUCUGGACCUCAAGUCCACGCUGCGUGUCCUGUACAGCCUGUUCACCAAGUACAAGAACAUGGAGUAAAAGCGGGGACAUAGGAAAUGACACCCCAUGAGCCUGUCCCGCACCCGCGCUGCCCACUGCUCCCUCCUUCCUGGUAGCUCUGAGGCAUUCCUGGAAAAGCAAGUUAUGACCCACUUGCCUGUGUUGGGGUCCUGCCUUCUGGGGCUCACUCGGCACAUCCAGAGACGAACCAGAGGUUGCCAGAGACACACCUCCCAGGCAGAGGAUGGGGUCCUCACCUUCCACUAACAAAUGGAGCUGGCAACAGGGAGUGUGGGAUGGGGGAAUGAGGGGGAGCACAGGGGGGGUGCUCACUGGAUCUCCAUCCUCAUCAGCCUACAGCAGAUUGCAGUUUCGCUCCAUCCCAAGGUCCCGGCUGCUUGCUUGGCACCCCCUCUCUCAACUGCUCCCUGAAGCUUCCAAUUCUGCCCACUCGGAACCCCAGAGAGGAGGCCGUCACCAAUCCUCCAUCUAGCCUCAGUGAGGGUCUAGGACCCCAAGUCCCAGCCUCAGCUCCAGCCCCUGAAUUUUUAUAAAGGCUGGGUGCCAGCUGCAGGCACUCCUGUUUCUGGGGCUCAGGGCUGGUUCCCUGUGGAAGAAUCCCCAUAUGUUCCCCAUCUCUCCUUAGAGGACCCUUGAACUGAGUCACCGCUUAAC